AUGGCAACCAUCAACGUCUGCCGGCGAGGGGUGUCCCUUCAUGAUCAGGUUGGGGCUUUCCUCUGGGAUCACUCUGUGGACAUUGCUGUCCUUCCGGAAGCCGAUAUCACUGCGGCCUCGUGCCUCCCCUUCUGCAAUGCCUGGCGUGCUCGUGGCAUGCACGCGGCCCUUAGCCCUUUGGAGAAUGGCGUGGCCAGGGUUGCUUUGGUUUCUAAGUUCCCCUUUCGUAGGGUUGUCCUUAGCCGUGGCGAGGCCGCCACCCGGCACGUUGCUGUCGUGAUGGACCUCAAGGAUGCGAGCGGCACCACCACCACGGUGAUGGUCAUAGGUGCUCUGCAGUCAGGCUUCAAGUUUGUCAUGUUAGGGGAUUUCAACGUGGAGCAGACCCACCCGGUCCUACUUGAUUGUGCUUUGACUGGAAUGAUCAAACCAUGUGAUCAGUGUCAGCCCGGCCUGCUCCCGCCCACGGGAGCCCGCGACGACGCCCCGUGGGCCCCGUUCACGGCCGCGUGUCAGGAGGGUGAUCUUGAUGAGGCCUGGCGCCUGUUGUCGGAUUGGGGGGAAACGCUGCUGUGUGAUCCUGAUCCUGGCGCCGUUCCCCGCAGCUCUCCGUGGCUGCCUGCUGUGCCCAGACAGACUCCCACUGGGAAACAACCCGAGCGCUCGGCUGGUCUCCGCGCCCUCCUUAAGUUGCUUUCUCGUCUUAGGGCGGCCGUGGCGCAGCCUCACCUGGAGUCGCUGUGGAACCGCAUUGCCAAGUCUCUUGCUUUCACGCGCCGUCUGGUGCCCGAGCUUCCUCGCAUUGAUCGUGCCGAUCAAGACACUGUGGAGUGCGUGGCUGCUUUAGCCCAGCAGUACUCGGAUCAGGAGAGGGAUGCAGCCCGCCGGCUGUGGAAACGUACCACCCGCCACUCCCUUGCCGCUGCCAGGACCUAUGUUAAGAGCAAGGCUGAUCAGAUCCUUGAGUGGGACCGGACCUUGGCUGAGGACAGGGCUCCUACCAACGGCAGGCACCCAGCCAUCGAGGUGGACAGGCAGGCGCAGGAUUGGAUGCUCAAGUGGGCAUCGCAGUGUGACGGUGCCGAACCCGGUGCCCAGGUCAGCCGCAUCUUGUCUGAGGUCCCGCGACCCCCUGCCACUGAUGUCUCCUUCGAAAUCACGGCAAUCAUGCUUAGGACUUCGCUCCGUGGUAUGCAGCAUAAGUCUUGUGGCCCGGACGGGUGGGAUGCACAGGCACUUUUGAAACUCCCCACCCGAUGGUGGGACUGCGCCGCCCUGCUCUGGAACUGCGUCAUUGCGCAGUCCAAGGUCCCAGAAAUGUGGUUACGAGGCCGCGCGGCUCUGCUGUGGAAGCCGAGUGGAGGCACGAGGCCCAUAUCGGUCUUACCGUUUAUAUGGAGAUGUGGUGCCAAGCUCCUCAACCAACAACUUUCCCAAUGGACCGCCAGCUGGAGGUCUCACUUCGAUUCCGGUGGUGUCGCUGGCACCUCCAUUGACACUGCACUGCAGCAGCUGCAUCGCGAGCUGCAGUCGGGUGCCCAAAUGGCUGUGCAACAGGAUGUGAGUUCUUUCUUCGACUCGUUGGAGUAUGGGCUCACUGCCCGGCUGCUUCGCCACCUGCGUGCCACAGAGUGUUUUGUGAGACUCUUCGAAAAUUACUGUACCAGGUCUUCCCGCAUCUUUGCUCUUCAGGGCGCCCUUAGCGGUGAUUGGGUUCGGCCUGGUCGGGGGUUGCCUCAAGGUUGCCCGCUUUCCCCGGUGAUUGCGGCUGCCGUUUCCCACUGCUGGGCGGCCUUUGUCCUCAGACCCCAGAGCGCGAGACCGGCCACGGUCACUGGACAUGCGUAUGUGGAUGACAGAUGCCUGCUCCUCCGUGCUGAGGCCCCUCAUGCUCAUCUUCGUGAUGCUCUGCUGCGUUCGGAUGCCUUUGAUCGCGCCUUCAAGUUAAAGCUGUCGCUGACCAAGUGCGCGGUUGUGGCACGUGCCGAUGAUGCUGAAGCUUCUGCUCUGGCACGGGAGCGGCAGUACAAACACCUGCAAACCCUUGAGGUACUGGGCGUGACCGUCCCCCUGGAGGAGCAAUGGGGCCUGCUACGCUUCUCCUUGGAUAAGGUUCAACUUAGGUUGCGGUUGAUGCGGGGCCUUGACUUGCAUCUCAGGGACGCCCGCCAACUUCUCCGAGAGCUGAUCGUUCCGGCUUAUGCAUGGGCUGCUCCGUAUGCUAUGCCCGAGCCUCAUGAGCUGGAGGCCGUCCGGCAGGAGACCCUGUUUCUUUGCUCCCGACAGGUUGGCCAGGAAGCUGCCAGGGUCUUGUUUUACGAGAUUGCAGGGUGGUUUCUGGAGCCUCAGUUUGCCCUUGAUGCCGCCGUGCUCAGGGCCACGUGGCGGUACGUUGUCCGCCCACCCGAGUGGUGUGAGGAGCUGCCGUUGUCUGAUGCCCGGCCACCGCCGCCUACUGUGCUGCCUCGCCUUCGACAGACCCUUGAUCGCUUGCGCUGGUGGCUCACUCCUGAUGCUGGCCACCUCUGCUGCAAAGGCUCGCUAGGGGAAACGCGCCAGGUUCAUGUGGGCUUCGAGUCGUUUCGCAUCGUGCUUCGGUGGCUCACCGCGGCCUACCGUAUGCGGUAUGUGCUCAACACCGGCAGAGUGUGGCAGUAUCGGGCGAGGGAGGCUGAUGCGGCUUGUGGUUUGCUGUGCCCGGUCCCGCCCAAGGAUGCACACUAUGAGUUUGCUGGCCACAGGACGGUCUUUGAGGAAGCUCGUGGGGACCGCAACCUCGUGUUGGCUUCGUUCGGGGCCGGUUGCACCAAUUGGUUCUUUAAUGCCAAAGCCAACUUUGACCCUGGGCACCAACGUCACCUGUGCAUGUGCGGCGGCACUAAGCCGUCUCGACCGCACCUCGUGUGGUGCUGCAGCCACACGGCUAGCCUGAGGCAAGGGAUCCCGCCCCCCCAGGAUCGUGCUGCUGAGCGCCUCUUCGCAAGAGCCGUGCCGUUGAUGCCCGUGCCGCCGUCCGCCGUGGACCCCGAAGGUUUCCGUGAGGAGCUCUGUGAACAGCUUCUUCCGCUGAUGGCAACCAGCACGGUGGCUGUCGCCACGGAUGGUUCCAGUAAGCAUGAGGUUGGGGCCAUGUGCUUCGCCUUAGGGUCUCCGGACAUUACUUGUGCCACGGCCGAUGCCUUGGAGGACCAAUGCUCCUUCCGCAUGGCUCACCGCCGCCAGGACUUGCAUCCCGCGGAGCCUGCGGACCUCGACACCACGGCUACGGCUGCUGCAGACGCCUUCGAGGAUGUCCCGCUCAACCCCUCCGCUUCUGACGAUCGGGCAGCUGCCAUCGGGAGCCUCCUGGGAAUGGUGGAGAAUGCCGCGGUUGCUUCCACCGAGGCUGAGGAAGCUGCCGCUGCUUCGUCCGCUGCCGAGGGUACGCGUCUGGAAGCUGACCGAC